GGGUAGUCACAGUGGCACAGCUCAGGGUCACCCUCAUCCCCUGCAUGCAGCUCCCACCGCUGUGUAGUUCAGGAUAUUCAGCAGAGGGGGUUCCUGACCACUUCACGCCAGGGCCACCCAGCUGCCGGCUAUCAGUGCACUCGGCAUCCACAAGCUUUUGUUUUCAGUGCCAUGACCUGACAAAAUCUGCAGCAUGGCAACAUCUCAGCCCUGAGGCCAGGACAUCCCACAGCAGCUUCAGCGUUGUUACGCACUUACAGAUCCUCAUGAGCCCUAUGCAGGAGCAGGCCAGGUGCAGGCAGGAGGUGUGGCAGGGCAGCAGGGAGAACCUGUAGAUCAGAUCAGCAAGAAACACAUUUUGUGACAGCCCAGCUGAUCUCAGUCAGGCUGGGGAAGCACCGGAAGAGCCAUCCCCGACCAAGUGGCACCGUGCACCCCCGCCGUGACCCACCAGGCUCUGCACACCCCCAAGUGUGUUUUGCCCCAGGACAAGAAUCUCCAGCAUCCCUGCCACCACCACAGUCCUGCAGGACAUGGUUGCCCAGAACGUAGCCAUCAUUGGUGCCAGUGCCUCUGGCCUAUGUGCCCUGAAAUGCUGCCUGGAUGAGGGGCUGGUACCCACCUGCUUCGAGAGGAGCUGGGACAUUGGAGGGCUCUGGAGGUUUGAGGAGCACCCCGAGGAGGGCCGCGCCAGCAUCUACCGCUCUGUCAUUAUCAACACCUCCAAGGAGAUGAUGUGCUUCAGUGACUUCCCCGUACCUGAGGACUUCCCCAACUACAUGCACAGCUCCAAGAUCAUGGAGUACUUCCGCAUGUACGCCCAGCACUUCGACCUGCUCCGCCACAUCCGAUUCAGGACCAGCGUGUGCCGUGUGUCCAAGCGUCCCGACUUCGCCGCCACGGGCCAGUGGGAGGUGGUGACGGAGAGUGAGGGGAAGCAGGAGGCUGCCAUCUUUGAUGCUGUGCUGGUGUGCACCGGGCACCACACCGAGGCCCACCUACCGCUGAGCUCCUUCCCAGGAAUCAACAACUUCAAGGGCAACUACAUCCAUAGCCGAGACUACAAGGACACUCAGGACUUCACAGACAAGAGAGUCGUUGUCAUUGGGAUCGGGAAUUCAGGGGCAGACCUGGCUGUGGAGAUUAGCCAAACAGCCAAGCAGGUCUUCCUCAGCACCCGCCGUGGAGCUUGGAUCUUCAAUCGUGUUGGACCUCACGGCUACCCCAUCGACACCAUCCUCACCACCCGCACCAACGCGUUCCUGAAGAACCUGCUGAGCCAGUCCAUGGUGAGCAACUCUGUGGAGAAGCAGCUGAACGCCAGGUUCAACCACUCACUCUACGGCCUGAAGCCAAAGCACAGGGUCCUUGACCAGCACCCAACCAUCAAUGACGACCUCCCCAACCGCAUCAUUUCAGGCAGGGUGCUGGUGAAGCCAAACAUCCAGGAGUUCACAGAGACAUCUGUCAUCUUUGAAGAUGGUACCAGGGAAGACAUUGACGCCGUGGUCUUUGCUACGGGAUACGUUUUCUCCUUCCCCUUCCUCGAAGGCUGUGUGAAGGUGGUGGAGAACCAGAUUCCCCUCUACAAAUUCGUGUUCCCCCCUGACCUGGAGAAGCCAACACUGGCUUUCAUUGGCCUCAUCCAGCCCCUGGGUGCCAUCAUGCCCAUCUCUGAGCUCCAGUGUCGCUGGGCCACCCGCAUCUUCAAAGGGUUGAACAAGCUUCCCCCACGACACUGCAUGGAGGCGGACAUCAAGGAAAAGAGAGAAGCAAUAGCAAAACAGUAUGUGAAGAGCCGGCAGCACACCAUCCAGGUGGAUUAUAUCCCCUACAUGGAUGAGCUCGCCUCGCAGGUGGGGGUCAAGCCCAACCUGCUCACCCUCUUCCUCACUGACCCCAAGCUGGCACUGGAGGUUGCCUUUGGGCCCUGCACACCAUACCAGUACCGCCUGCGGGGCCCGGGCAAGUGGGACAGUGCCAGAGAGGCCAUCCUCACCCAGCGGCAGCGCAUCAUCAAGCCCCUGCAGACACGGCUCAUGGAGGAGCACCCAUCAGCUCCCACCAUGCCCCUCUUCUUCAAGCUGGUUGGAGCUGUGGCCAUCCUCGCCAUCGGUUUUGCUUACUUUUAGGUGACCCACAAGUGCGGAAAGGAAUGUGCCGGGGGUGUGGGCUGUUCAUCCCCUGCCCUCUAGUAACCUGUGCACCCCAGUGGUGGCAGGAUCCCUCCUCCUGCCCCACAUGGCCCCGCUGUGGCCACACCACAAGCCCAAGAUGCACAGAGCCUCCCCGGCUCAUGAAAUAACACCCCAGUGCCUGGUCUCCACCUUUCCCCAUGAAGCCACAGCCAGAGACAGAAGAGGAAACCUGCUCACACAUACAGGGAAAUCCAGUCCCUCCCAGCCUGCUUUUUCAACCCAGUUGGGACACACCAGGCUUUUCUGUCUCCUCUAACCCAGCCAUGCCACCACUGGCACACUCACACAAGAGCUGAGUGGCAAAGGCACAGCAGACUUCCUAACUUGAUAAAUGCGUUAAAAACAGA